CUUCUAAUAACAUCCGUGCUGUAAAGAAAACAUUGCCUUGGUGCCGCCAAAAUUGUAAAUCGAUUAUUGCCUCCCUUGCACGUUGUCUGUCAACGGUGAACUCGUUUGCCUAUCUCUAGACCGACCAACGCGCGACGAAUGCUCCUGUAUCGGAACAAUCUUCUAAAUUACCCAGCAUGAGUGAACCCGCAUCAUUAGGCGUGAAGAAAGAACCGAAAGAUGUAUCCAGUAAGCAACUGAGUGGCGCAGGUUCGUCGUUUUCGAACCUGAAUGACGAUGGUUUUCCGGCGGGUCCGUCACUUAAAUCGCCUACCCCGGCGGAUGAUAGCACCUUCUUGAGUGACGACGAUUCGAAAACACUUACCAUGCUGGAACCGGUGAAGAAGGCCGCAGGAGGAGCGGCGAAGAAGAGCUUUCCCGCUGCUGCUAAGGCACCUCGUAUAACACCGGAGAAGAACGCACUGGUGGAUAAUGGUAAAGCUAAGAAAACACUCGACAAGGAGUCGUUUUCGAACGAUAGUAUAUUAGAAAAGAUGCGCAGCAAGCUUAGCAAACAGAUCGAUCGGAACCCGUUGAAUCCCGCACCCAGUAGCCCACCGUUGGACAUGAGCGGUGCAAUUGAGAUACCGCAGGAUCUUAUACUGAGUAACGAUAUACCGCAAACUCCGAUCGCGGCCCCAGAUACGAAAGAGAGCAAGCUGGAUGAUCACGACCUGAUCGCCAUUCUGGAGGGCAAUGUUGUUGCGAUACGUGAAAAUGCAUCUGAGAUCGAGGUAUGCGUUGGUUCGGAAGAGGCGAAGGAAUCGGGUGAAGAGAUGGAGGUUUUAUCCUUUGCGAUUAUCAAUCCGGAUGAGCUGGAGCACGCCAAAAAGGAACGGGAAAAGGAGAUUGCCCGUCGCCAGAUGGAAAGCUUACCGUUGCUGCCGAAAGUGAGAAGACCGCGCACUAAAACGGUUCCUAAAAAGGGCGCUAAUCAAUCAGACACACUGGUAGAGGAAUAUCCAAUAGAGGUUAAACAAACGCCUGCACAGAUAAUAAAAUUGCCCCCAGGCAUAACCAUCAAGGGCCAGACCACGAUUAAACCGCUCGUAAAGAUUCCACUGGACAGAGGUUUGGAGAUCAAGAAGGAGCCACAACCACCGGAAGCAAUUAAAGCGACGUUAAGCAAAAAUCUAAAAGAAAAGCUGCCAAAAGAUUUGACAUUGUCUACUGUUCCGGUGAAGAACACGGUACAUACCCCGGAUGGUUCGCCCGAAAGCUCGCUGAAGAAAUCACAGCUGGUAAAUUCACUCGUUUCGGACUGGGAUGAUGAACCGGCGGUUCAGCGUCAAGAGGUGGAAGAUGCGUUAAUGCAACCGCAAAACGAAUUACCUACGUCUGCACCCAUGAACGAAACACCAAAUGAAACCGAUGGGCAGAAACAGUUCAUUCCGCCUAUUCCAUUUGCAGAACCGAAGCGGGUGAUAAAGCGCAAAAUUAUAUGGGAUCCAACGGAGUCGAGCAUACCGUUCGCAAGCUUGGUCAAAUCAAACCGUGCCCAGUCGACAAAUUUAAAUGCAAAUCCUCCGACAAAUUUGAUUCCGCUGCGUCGCAAGCGGGCGGAUUCGGUGGCCGUGCAGAUGAUUGACAACACGCCCCAGUUUAGUAUGGUGGAACCGGUUCGACAGCGAGCUAAAACACCGGAACUGGGACAGGUCAUUGAACGGAAAACGGUUCCACCGUUGGUGGUAAAGAGCGAAGAGCUAACAAACGAUCUCAAGGCAAAGAAAAGAAAGAAAAACGAAAUCGAACGUUUGCUCGGGGACGAGGGCGCCAUCAACAUGCUGUACGAUGUGGAGUGUGAAACGAACCGCAAAGAUCUCCUUAAAGCAACCGAAGUAGACACGAGCGAUGAGGACGAGAAAUUGCUUGCUAAAACAAAAAUCAUAACCGAUGUAGUCAUAAAUCAGGGUAAAUCGCCAAAUGAGUCGACAACUCCUCAGGGUUUACGCAUCAGGACGAAGCGCUCGACCACACCGAUGAACCAAGUGGUAACCCCGCCCACGAGCAUCCCUCAAAACAGCACCAAAGCGUCCGUUUCGCCACCCACCUCGACGUCCGGAUCGAUAAACAACCGCUCGGUGAAAAAGUCCACAAAUGGUACGGCCAGCGUCCCACCGAUAACCGGCUCACGCAAGCGUAAAAUGACAGCGUCUGUCGCAAAGGAGUGGGAAUACGUGUACAAUGCACAACGGAACGACGAUGCCAUGAUCAUACGGCGGCGCUCGAACAGUAGCUACUCGAGCGGUGCUAGUCCACGCCGUUUAAGCUUCGACCAAACGAACGAAAGCGGAACUGGAUUUGGGUCGGAAAAUUGCACCUCCCCACAAAGCGCAACCAACAGCAAAGCAUCCAACCAACAGCAGCCGGAAGAAGGGUUCUUAUUUGCCAAACCACCCAAUAAGAAUGAACCACAGCGCAUGGUUACGAAGCCGCCUGGUACGUCGGCCACCGAGGAAAUCAAGUUUAAUCCUUCGCUGGUGGCUAACAUGAGGGGUAAGCUUACGAAGGUGCUGAAAGGCUUGAAAGCGGGUCCGUUGGCAACGAGCACACCCGGACAGGAUGAACCGUCCAAAGGCACCAAACAGCCAGUCAAACGCAAGCCCACUCCGAGCGGUUCGGUCGAUGUGGUGGAUUCUCCCUCGAGUGUAGACGUAUUGCCGAGUAGUAGCAACGAUAGUUUACACAAGCAGUUGGAACAGCUUAAGGAGAUGGCAUGCGUCAAGCAAGGAAACUAUGCGGAAAUAGUACUAGCGUCAAAGGGAAUCAUUAGCGAAGAGGGAGGAAACACUUUGACAAACGUGUUUUCGCUGGAACUGAUGCACGGGUUGAUCGACGUCUUGACCACACUGCAGCGCGAUUCAACCGUACGCGCCGUACUGAUACGAUCGGCUGGUGAACACUUUAGCCGCGGUUUGGACGUGGGACAUUUAAUACAGCCAACCGAAAAGCGGAAAGUAAUUGCCGAAGAAAUGAGUGCGUGUGUGAUGAAUUUCCUCAGGGUAAUCAUUAGCUUCUCGAAACCGAUCGUAGCGGCCGUACACGGUGAUGUGCUCGGUAUGGGCGUAACGAUACUGCCCAUUUUUGACUUGGUAGUCGCCCAGAUGGGUAGCAGUUUCACCGCGCCGUACGGACAUUUCGGAUAUCUGCCGGAAGGCAUGGGCGCAUUCACCAGCUGCCGAACGUUGAAAGCAAAAACGGUGGCGGAUCUGUUUAUGCAGGGCAAACGUUUGACGGCAACGGUAGCGUUGGAUUACGGGCUGAUAACGGAAACGGUACCACCAGAGCGUUUUGAAGAUCGUGCCCGUGCGGUGGCGAAAACGAUAGCCUCACAAUCCGUGCAGGCGAUGCAAUCUAUUAAACAACACCUGCGUCGAGAUCUUAUGGCCAAGCUGGAGGCGAUGUUGUGGUUGGAGAAGAAAAAGCACUCCGAGCAAUGGGUAACGGCCGAGUGUCAGCAGAAGUUUAAGUUGUUCGUAAACAAGAAAGGAGAGCUUUGAAAUUCUUGCAUGUAAUGUGUGAGGAAAAAUCAAUAAUCAGUAAUACGUACAACAUGGUCCGAGAUUGUACAGUGACGUGUUUUUGCAAUGGUAGCAUUCGUCCAUACCAUAUCUAUAUUACACACAUAAGUUUCUAUAGGUUUCAGCAAGUUUAACAAACUAUCUGUUAAUGAUUUGAAUCGUUGUAUCUUCCAUUAAACCGAAGGUUUUCACGGCAGUUAUAUUAAACAAACACACACCUUCAGUGCCUAUGCCCUUUACACGUAACUUUCAGUUCAAUCGUUGAUGAAUGGUAAAAUGAUCGUGACCUUUUUUAAUUAAUUUUGCUACUUUCUUCUUUACCUAUUGAAUUACAGGAGGCUAACGAGCUAAUAAUAGGCGAGUAAGAUAAUAUUAUUUAAACAAAACGAAAGGGGCAAACAGUGCAACCAACAGAAAUUGUAAAGUGCAAAAUAAUGAUGAUGAAGCAUGUUCAGUUGAACUACGCGACCAGCAGGAGAGUAACGAGAUGCUUGAAUAGCAAGUUUUUUUUCUUUCACAUAAAUUCACACAUAUUUUUUACACUUUAAUUCAUAUCGGGAACCACGGAAUGUCUGUAGAAUCAUAUAGGUACAACAAAACACAGUUGUAAUGCAAUGGGGUUUUCUUUGCAACGAAAAACCAAUCACUGAGAUGUUUGAUUAUAGAUAUACCAUUUAGCAAUACUGAUAAGAAAUAUAUUUUGAGCUGAAUUUGUCUGUUUACAUAUUGGA